UAUGUUAGGAGUUGGGGUUUGGGUUUAUCUUGAUUAUGCUACUGGUUUGUUUUCUCUUUUAAGUUAUGAAAUAAAAGCUGCUAACGACCUGGAACGGUACAACAGAGAGGUCAAGAAAGCUAUGGGACACACAGUGCACCGACCAUCAAAGGAGGCAGAAAAACAGAAACCCAAGCUGAAGACUUCCCCAUCUGACCAGCAGAAGCUUGACAAGAUAUUUCAUGCUCAGAUUGAAAAGAAGCGGAAACCUGAACAGCCUACGAAAAUUGUGACAGUGCCUUUUUCUCUGAGUUCCUGUAGACAUCAGCUUCAGAGACACAGGAAAAAUUAUUCAGAUGAACACGAGCUUUUCCUGAUCCGUUGUCAGAGUUUUCCUGAUGUCUGGAUAUUUGCUACUGAAAAAAAGCUAAUGUUGCUGAAUCCAUAUAGAUUGGAAGAAGCCCUGCUACAUAAAAGAUUACUGAUGAAUCAUAAGCUUCUAGUAGAGAAACUGGACAAGCCAAUUGUGUUAACGGACAGUCUUAUUGGUGGAUAUCAGUAUAUGGCUGCUCUUUAUAAAAUGCAGAAGGAUUACCAGAGUUUCAGUGGAUCAGGUUAUUUGUCAGAUCCAAGGCUUGUAGCAAAUGGAUUCCAGAUAAAAGUGAUAGAAGGUGCUUCAGCUACAGAAAGUCAUCUGGAAAUAGAAGGGAUGGCAAAUUGUCUGCCAUAUUAUGGUAUUUCUGAUUUGAAGGAAAUUCUGAAUGCAGUAGUUAAUGGAAAUGCAAAGGAAGUAUAUGAAUGUAGGCCUCUCAAAGUGAUAAAUUACUUGGAGGGAGAAGCAGUACGUUUAGCUCGGCAGCUGCCCUUACAUUUGUCAAAAGAAGAUGUACAAAACACAAUUUACAGGAUGAAGCAACAGCUUGGAAAGGAAAAUAAAGGCUGUGUUCAUGGUCGUCCUUUUUUUCAUCACUUAACAGAUAUUCCAGAAGUUGACAAGCACAACUCCACGGAAAUUAUUCAGUAAAUGGAACAUUUUGUAUGGGAUCAUAUUUCUCUUGCUUAAUUUUGAUCGUUACUCUGUAAUUUUGGUAUGUUUUGUGCAAAGCUUUUGUAUACUGACUUUUCCUUAUAUGUUCACCUUCUAGAGACUCUUUUUAUUUAAAUUCAAAUGCUACUUGAAAACUGGAAAUAAAUACUGUAGAGAAACAGCUCAUCACUAUUUUUAAAAAAGAUUUAUUAAAGACAUGUUCU